UGCUAGGAAGGGGAAAUACACACUUAUGUAUAUAAGUAUAUACACAAAGUGCUUGAAGUGGUGUCAGGCAUAUUUGACUUUAAACAUUUUUUUAGUCAUUUCAGAGUUCUUUUUUAAUUUUUUAUUUAUUUUUUUAAAUACAUGAGAGUAGAAUGUAUUACAAUUCUUAUUACACAUAUAGAGCACAAUUUUUCAUAUCUUUGUAUAAAGUAUGUUCAUGCCAAUUCAUGUCUUUAUACAUGUUGAACAUUUAAGAUGUUGAUGCUAGCUGUCAUUAUAGUUGGUUCCAGAUUCAAUGUCAGUUCUCAUGUCACUCUUUUUUUUUUUUGGUGGGGGGCGGUAACUGAGAAUUGAACUCAGGAGCACUUAACCACUGAGCCACAUCCCCAGCCCUUUUUUUGUAUUUUAUUUAGAGACAGGGUCUCCCUGAGUUGUUUAGUGCCUUGAUAAGUUGCUGAGGCUGCCUUUGAACUCACAAUCCUGCCUCAGCCUCCCAGCUGCUGGAAUUACAGGUGUGUGCCACUACACCUGGCCAUGGUCACCCUUAUUUAGCAGGUUUUCCUAACAGUGCAGGAGGGUCUCUCAUUCAGAUCCUGUCGCAAGUACUCUCACUUUGAAUCACUGGGAACUUCUUACUUCUUACUUACUAAACUGUUUCUCCAGCACGUUAGUGUCUGGCCCUCAUUUGCAGGAAGAUGGAGCUCAGUUCUUUAGAUUUCUGGCUACUCUUCAGGAAGUUUCCUUUCUCUCCCCAUACCCUCUCUCUUCCUCUCAGAGGUCCUUAACGUAAGUUCAUUCAUUAAAACACCCACAGACACUCCUACUGUGUGUCACAAACAAGAGCUAAGAACUGGAGAUGAUGGUGAUGAAAGCACGCAAACACACACACACACACAUUCUGUAUCAGGAACUGCUUUAAACCCUUUACAUUUACCAUAUUAAUUCAUCAAAUCCUCACAUCUACUUACUGCUCAGUGAGGUAGGUAUACUAUUAUUAUCCACAUUUUACUAAUGCAGACAGGAGGCAGAGAGAGGUUAAAUAACUUGUUUAAAGUUCUGCAGUUAGGAUGUGGAAGAGCCACAUUUGAAAAAUAAAACCAGGUCAAAGGGUCCUCAGUCUAAUUUAAAAUAGAUAUGACAAAGAAGGGGGGAAUCUUCUGACAAAAUAGACAAUUGCAUUUGAAAUAGUUUUUUAAUAAUAUAUGGACUGAUUGAUUGAUUUUUAUGUGGUGCUGAGGAUCAAACCCAGUGCCUCUUGUAUGCUGGGCAAGUUCUCUACCACUGAGCCACAACCCCAGCCCUGAAAUAGUUUUUAUGGCUUUCUAAUUUUAUACUUUAUAACUUCUGGAAAACCUCACUUAUAUAAUCUACACAUGCACAUGAUUAUUUUCAAAUUCACACCAUUAGGUUAGAUAUUAAUAAAAUUACUUCUAAGGAAAAACAAUCCCCAGUCCAGUACAUUAGAUCACAGUGCACUACAGUAUAGCAAACUGGGAAUGAGAAGUUUUCCCAGAGGGGGUGGGGGCCAACUGAUGCCUGUGUAAAGGAGGUGACCUUCAACUGGGCUGCUUUGGAAUUUGCCAGAAGUCCAGCAUGUCUGGAGCACAGUGAAGAGUGGGGGAUGGUGAGGGACAGCACAGGGGUUGAUUUCAGACAUGCAGGGGAGACUGGAUCAUAGGGAGACUGGGAAACUGUAGUCAGGAGACUGGACUUCAUCCUCAGGACACUGGGGAGCCACUGUUUCAAGCAGGAGAUGUCAAGACAGUGCCUUCGGACUGCCCAUCAUGCCAGGUAGCCUCACCCUUCCUGCACUGUGCCGACUCCUUCUCCCUUGGGCCUUUGCCAUCUUCCACAAAGCCCUGGGGGAUUCAGCAUUCCACCCGGGCCCCCACUACCUCCUGCCCCCCAUCCACGAGGUCAUUCACUCUCGUCGUGGGGCCACGGCCACGCUACCCUGCGUCCUGGGCGCCUCGCCUCCCAGUUACAAGGUACGCUGGAGCAAAGUGGAGCCCGGGGAGCUCCGGGAGACACUGAUCCUCAUCACCAACGGACUGCACGCCCGGGGCUAUGGGCCUCUGGGAGGGCGCGCCAGGAUGCGUAGGAGCCAUCGCCUGGACGCCUCCCUGGUCAUCGAGGGCGUGCGCCUGGAGGACGAGGGCCGGUACCGCUGCGAGCUGGUCAACGGCAUCGAGGACGAGAGCGUGGCGCUGACUUUGCGCCUGGAAGGUGUGGUGUUUCCCUACCAACCCAGCCGCGGCCGGUACCAGUUCAAUUACUACGAGGCGAAGCAGGCGUGCGAGGAGCAGGACGGACGCCUGGCCACUUACAGCCAGCUGUACCAGGCGUGGACCGAGGGGCUGGACUGGUGUAACGCGGGCUGGCUGCUGGAGGGCUCCGUGCGCUACCCGGUGCUCACCGCGCGCGCUCCGUGCGGCGGCCGAGGGCGGCCGGGCAUCCGCAGCUACGGGCCACGCGACCGCAAGCGCGACCGCUACGACGCCUUCUGCUUCACCUCGGCUCUGGCAGGCCAGGUGUUCUUCGUGCCUGGGCGACUGACGCUCUCUGAAGCGCACGCGGCGUGCCGGCGGCGCGGGGCGGUGGUAGCCAAGGUCGGGCACCUCUACGCCGCCUGGAAGUUCUCGGGGCUGGACCAAUGCGACGGCGGCUGGCUGGCGGACGGCAGCGUGCGCUUCCCCAUCACUGCUCCGCGGCCGCGCUGCGGGGGCCUCCCGGACCCCGGGGUGCGCAGCUUCGGCUUCCCCAGACCCCAGCAGGCGGCCUACGGGACCUACUGCUACGCGGAGUAGAAUCCACAGCUCCCCAUCAGCGCCCGCCAAGAAGAGUGGUGGCGGGGUCACUUGCCGCCCCUUUCCCAGGAGCCUUCUGUCACGCCACACGCGGAGUGGUCCCUCCUGACCUGCCUUCCCAGCCGGGGGCUGCGGGCCACGGACUCCGGCUGGCCCAACUUUGGGGAGGGGAGGUGGUGGCAUCCCCCGCGGCUGCGUGCGACCCUUGGACCCAUUGACCGCAGACCCACGGGGUUCCCAUCCCAGAGAACGCAGACACACAGGGCGGAGGGCCGCCCCGAGGAAUUAACUGGCCUCUGCGUACAGUAAUAAAAUAACG